AUGAAGCUAUCACCUCUUGCAUUGAGCUUGCUCGUUGGAAGCUUCUGCUUCUUCUACACUUCUGGCCACAUGGCAGACCCCACCCCUUUCGAUCUUUAUGAUCAGAAUAGUGAGCCUUUGGGUGAGUGUCAAUUGAAGGGUGGUGACAUCAACAGUUGGAUUGUUGAUGAAGAUGGGUACACCGUGUGCCACAAGGAUGGCAACCGAAGAUCGGGGGCUCACCACAGCCGCCAUCUCAGCCGAGAACAUGCUGAAAAGAUGCGUGCUCUGCACCAAAAAAGAUCCGGCAAACGCAAUGAUGUAACUAUGGAAACAGUCCGCGCUGAGGAACAUGGAGAAGUGCUUGGAUAUGGCGACAAUGGUGAAUUCGCGUACUUCUACUGCAAAAAGCCCAAGGGCGGAAAGAUCACUGCUGACUUGUAUUAUCCAGUCACAACCACUGACCCCACCAAGAUUGAUGACCUGGAACCAAACAUCCACAAGUCGUUACGCGUCGCAGCUAUGGAAGAUGGAGCGUACGGUGAAUGCUCACUCAACACAGGAGGAGUUUGCAAACCCGAUGACAGGAGAGAUUACCAGCUUCACACCACAACCCACCAGAGUCACACCAAGAAAGAAUCCCUCACGGAAGAAACCAGGCGGCAGGCGCCAGUUGGCUAUCUUCGAUAG